UGGAGGAGGAGGCACUGGAAGCCACAUCCCGGUCUGCAGAGUGUGCACCCCUGAUGGUAUUUAACAACCACACCCAGUUCACCGAGGAACCAGGACUGUACAGCUGCUUCACUUCUCUAGUCGGGACGAAACACAGGACUAUCAAAAUGGCGAUGGUAUCAGAGUUUCUGGGUCAGCUGUCCCUGAACGCAGCGACCGUGGACCCCACCUACCCCGCCCUGGUCCCCUUCAAGGACUUUGACCCGGGCACGGAUGCAGCCAGGAUAGAGACCGCCAUCAAGACCAAGGGAGUGGAUGAGAGCACCAUCAUCGACAUUCUGACCAAGAGAACCUACUCCCAGAGGAGAGAGAUUGCCUUCGCCUAUGAGAAGAGAGCCAAGAAGGAGAUGAUCCCUGCGUUGAAAGAUGCUCUUUCUGGCUCUUUGGAGUCUGUGAUCCUGGGUCUGAUGAAGAGCACAGCGCAGUAUGAUGCCAGCGUGAUCAAAGGCUCCAUUAAGGGCUUAGGAACUGACGAGGAGACACUCAUUGAGAUUGUGUGUUCCCGUAGCAAAGCAGAGAUGCUGGAGAUCAAGAGAGUGUACAAGGAGUUGUUCAAGAAGGACCUGGACAAGGACGUGGCCGGGGACACGUCUGGAAACUUCGCCAAGCUGCUCCUGGCCCUCGUGCAGGGCCAGAGGGCGGACCCGUCCAGCAUCGUGGACUACCAGAAGAUAGACGACGACGCCAGGGCUCUCUACGAAGCCGGGGUGAAGAGAAAAGGAACGGAUGUAGCUUGCUGGAUAUCCAUCCUCUCUGAGAGGAGUGCGCCCCAUCUACAGAAAGUGUUCCAGAAGUACAAGAGCUACAGCCCAUACGACAUGCAGGAGAGCAUCCGCAAGGAGGUCAAAGGUGACCUGGAGAAGUCCUUCCUAACGCUAGUGGACUGCCUGGAAAACAAGCAGCUGUACUUUGCCAGCAGACUCAACGACGCCAUGAAGAGCAAAGGGGCGAAGGAGAAGGUUCUGACCCGGAUCAUGGUGUCGCGCUGUGAGGUGGACCUCAGGAAGAUCCGUGGGGAAUACAAGACCCAAUACGGAGAGUCUCUGCACAAGACCAUUUUCGAACACACCAAGGGGGACUACCAGAGGGCCCUGCUCAGCCUGUGUGGAGGAGAUGAUUAGAAGAGUCACUUCGCAAACUGGAUCACUUAUAUCAUACUGGAAGAAAUGAAUGCUUUUUUUCUUUUCAUCAAAGUGAACACGUGGCACUUUUACAUUCCAAGUUGCAGUUAGAGUUGUUUUGCGAUGACUUUUCAAGAUGAAGAAUGCAGCUUAUAUUUGAAAUCGACCUAUUGAAAUACUGCUAUUUUCCAUGGUCCAUUGUCCUUUGGUUUACAACGCACGCAGAUAGCCACUAGAGGGCGCUACAGGUGUUCGGUAGGUCUUUGUGUGGAGCGCGUCUGUUCAUCAUCCUGCUUCAUGCUGUGAGCGCUAGUCCGCUGCUCUUCAUUUAUAAUAAAAAAUGAAAUACAAA